AACGUGGUGUUGACGGGCACGGUGGAGGAGAUCAUGAACGUGGAUCCCGUCCAUCACACCUAUUCCUGCAAGGUGAGAGUGUGGCGCUACCUGAAAGGCAAAGACAUCGUCACUCACGAGAUCCUCUUGGAUGGUGGGAACAAGGUGGUUAUCGGUGGCUUUGGGGACCCUUUGAUCUGCGACAACCAGGUCUCCACUGGGGACACGAGGAUAUUCUUCGUCAACCCUGCCCCGCAGUACAUGUGGCCGGCGCACCGCAACGAGCUGAUGCUCAACUCCAGCCUCAUGCGCAUCACGCUGCGCAACCUGGAGGAGGUGGAGCACUGCGUGGAAG